CGUAUCAGUAUUGAAGGAGCUCUGUUACCUCAAGCCACCAAACUAGGAUCAAAUGAAGCCCUGCUGAAUUCUAGAAAAAAGAUUCCAUUGGAACCCAGUGGGCUAGAGGGCCAAUUUUCAGAGUCCAUUGAGCCAACCUACAGCAGCGAUCAGGAGGAAAAUCUGCAGACUUCUGCUACAGAACAGAUUGAUGCUGAUGAUGAAGAAGAGUCUGAACAGGGAGUGCAGCAAAACUCACUGCAGAAGUCAAAAGGGGGGAGAAAAAGACUUAACAGUCAAGCUGCUGAAAAUGUUGAAAAACGGAGAAGUGUUAAUCUCAACAAGUGUGAAACACAGAGCUCCAAGGAUCCUUCAGAUGAAGAGUCAACUCAGUUGAACACUGAUCUUCCAUUUUCCUGCGCAGCUAGACAGCCACAGUCACCUAGACAGUUGAGCACAUCCCAGAGCAACUCGCUCAUCAUGAAUAUCCUAGGGGGAAGUACCUCUGUCAGAAACAUCUGGACUGACCAUCAGAUCAGGCAGGCAUUGUUUCCCAGCCGGCGCCCACCUUACGAGAAUGAAGACGAUGAAGACGAUUAUCAGAUGUUUGUACCAUCAAUGUGUACAUCCAAUGUGAGUUCAGCUGUGGGGGGAGAAAGGAGAAGUUCUCCUGGGCGUCCAUGCAGCUGGCACUUAGGGGUAGUGCAUCAAAAUGAGACUUCCAGCCCCACUCGUCACAAAAUUGUUAGGCGGGCCAGUAGUGCUGGUGAAAGUAACACAUGUCCAGCCAGUACAAGGUAUAAAAUAGGAGAGCAUGGUUCUCGAAGGGAAGUGAAGAGAGCAGAGGUGAGCAGUAUGAAUGCGUAUCCCGAAUCUUCAGAGGAGCUGACCAUUGAUGACGUUGAACAUGUUUAUGAUAACAUAAGCUAUGAAGACUUAAAGCUUAUGGGUCUGACAAGAAGGGAGGAGACAGACCGUGGUCCCCAGAGAUCUGCUAGAGACUCCCUCUACGAGGGUGAAAGCAAAAGCAGCUUAAAUUCACCCUCCAAAAAGAGGACAGCAAAUCAAAACAGGGCCUCCAUUCGUGCUAGUAGGGAUGACAUACUACUCAGUAAAGAAGCACCUAGUUCAAGUUUGGAUGAGCUCAGGAUUGUUGAAGACAAUGUGUAUGACACCAUAGUGCUUCCAGAAACACCACUAUUGAAUUUUAAAUGUGACCGCUUAAAAUGCUCUAAAAGGAGGAGUUUUCUGGGCCUGGAAAAAGACUUUGCAUGUUGUGACAAUCUGCGGCAGUUUGUUUCUGAAGAGAGUCUCCAGUUCAGUGAAGAUGAAAGUACUUACCACCGUGUUCCUGUUGACAACGACUAUCUGAGCUUGGUAGAUAGCUCCUCCAACUCGGAUUCACUGUCCCAUAAAUCUGCACCAGAUAAACUCUCGGAGGAGGUAGAUGAGAUUUGGAAUGACUUGGAGAACUACAUCAAGAAGAAUGAGGAAAAGACAAGAGACCGUCUCCUUGCAGCCUUUCCGGUUUGUAAAGAUGAUAUGCAGGAGCGGCUGCAUGCUGGUAGCACACCUGAGCUGAGUAAAGACGUGGAGUACUCACUGUCUACUCUCUCUCUGCCAGAAACUCCUAUUUUUUCUAAAACUAUGAAGCCCCGGGCUGCCACCAUCAGUGAGGCUAAUCUCAGGCUUGAAGACACCACACCGUGCAAGGAGAACUCUUUUAUGAGUCUGAACAGAUCUUCCUUCUCCUGUGAGAUGCCUUUUGUAGACAGCCCAUACGAAUCUGCCAAUAGCGUUCUGUCCAACGCGCACGUAGAGGGCAUGGACAAUGACUUUGCUGUUGUGGAUAAAACAAAGAACAGAGUUUUUAUGAUGGCAAGGCAGUACAGUCAAAAAAUUAAGAAGGCUAACCAGCUUUUGAAAGUUAGAAGUCCAGAACAGGAACAGCCAGCUAGCAGACAACAGAAACUGAAACACAAAGAUCUUGCUGCUAUUCUGGAGGAGAAGAAACAAGGAGGUCCUGCUAUUGGUGCCAGAAUAGCUGAAUAUUCUCAGCUUUAUGACCAAAUCGUCUUUAGAGAAAGUACACCCAAGGUCCAAAAGGAAGCCUGGGCUGCUCCUCUGGAGCCACCAGCCGUGAGGUUUUCCACACCUCUGGCUACGUCUCCUCCCCGGUCCCAGGCUGUCAGUGAACGCUCGAGAGCAGAAGAUUGGCUUUUGCAUUCUACGUACAGUAACGGCGAGCUGGCCGACUUCUCUUCGUGGCCUGAAUCUCAAGACCCAAAGUCCAAGAGCUUGUGUACAGAACCUGGUGCAAAAGGCAAUCCAAGGCAGUUGCCAUUGGCUGGUUCGGUGCCUUCCCUUCAGAUUUCUAACCGCUUGCAUGUCCCGGCGCAGAGGUGGAGUGCCAUUAUAAGCCAGCCAAACAAAGAAAAUUUACAUCAAGAUCACAUCUAUAACUCCCUUGGGAGAAGAGUAAGCAAUCUAAAACCGCAGGCAUACAGCAGGUCGCAGUCAUCUUCCUCAAUUGUGGUUAACAGAUCUGGAGAAUCUAUCGUAUAUCCUAAUGAAAUGGACAAGAAAAAGCUCCAUUCGAAUAGGAACUUACGAUUCAACAGCCAUCAAAUGCCAGGUGCUGCUUCAGGAUGUACGGGGCCUGAUUUGAGAAAGCAGAUCCCUGAAAACUGCUCAGAUAUGAUUCUGCAGGAUUCUCAAAAGGUCCUGAGAGUGAACAGGGCCUCUCCUCUGACGGCACAGAUGGCCACUCAGAACUACUUUUCAAAUUUCAAAGAUACUGAAGGAGGAGAAGGGGAUGAUGACGACUAUGUUGAAAUAAAGUCUGAAGAUGAAGGAUCUGACUUGGAGACUUCUCAGAACCAGACAAGGAAAUCGGAUCCUAAACUGUGUAACGCAGAUGCUGCUCCUUCUGAAACGCUCUGUGGCAAAACCGUCUCUUGUACCCCUGCAAAGUCCACCAGCAGCAAACAUGCGCUUACCCCGUAUCUGACUGCAUAUAGUGAUUCAGAUAAACUGAACGACUACCUGUGGAGAGUACCGUCUCCUAAUCAGCAGAAUAUUGUCCAGUCUUUAAGGGAAAAAUUUCAGUGUCUCAGUUCAAGUAGCUUUGCUUGA